AUGAUUAUGUCUCUUUUAGCUCUGCUUUUCUUGAUAUUCGAACCCGAAGAUUUCCCCGAGGACUCGCACGAAAACUCCCGAGAAGACUCCCACGAAGACUCCGACGACGAUUCCCCCGCAGACUCCCCCGUAUACCACCACGAAGACUUCCAAGAAGACUCCCGCUAUGAUUUCAACUAUAAUGUCAGUUUGCGGGAAGACAUACCACCGGGGGGGACUUGGCUUUGA